AUGAUUAGUAGCAGAAGACAUGAAGUAAACAUUCAAGUGGAAGAUGACACAUUUCUAAAGCAGAACAGUGAGUUCAACCACUUGGGAUCAACCAUAGCGGAGGAAGGAGGUACUAAGAAAGCAGUGAGACAGAAGGUGAAAGAAGCACAGCAAAAAUGGAGAGAAGUAACUGGAGUUGUUUUAGACAAGAAAAUGCCAUUUAGGCUCAAAAUGAAGAUAUACGAGACAGUCAUCUGGCCCGUACUAUUUAUUAUAUGGGGUAGAAACUUGGGCACUUAUGAGGAAAGAGGAGGGACUGUUGGAAAGAACAGAGAUGAGGAUGGUGAGAUGGAUUGCUGGAAUAUCAUUACUGGAAAGGAAGGAGUGUAA